UGUCUUUCUAUUAGUAUUUGAAUUAGAACCCAACACUGAAGGCUUAACCACCACGACCACCCCCCUAACACCCAUGUCAUCGUUGACCCCCUCAAAACGCCACCGCGUAGGCUACGCACUGCCACCCAAAAAAACCCAAACCUUCAUCCGACCCUCCCUCAUCCACCACGCAGACCAACACAACAUUGAUCUCAUCCCCAUCGAUCCUUCAAGACCUCUUAUCGAACAAGGACCCUUGGAUUGCGUCAUCCAUAAACUCUACGGCCCAGAUUGGAUGUCCCAGCUCCUGCACUUCUCCUCUCUGAACCCUGAUGCUCCCAUAAUUGAUCCUCUUGAUUCCAUCCAGAGACUCCACGAUCGGAUUUCGAUGCUUCAAGUUGUAAGUAAUUUAAAAGUUUCUGAAAGAAAUCAAGUUUUAGAUGUGCCUCGACAACAUUUUUUUUCUGAUUCAGAAACCAUGAUGAAGAAUUCCGAUGAUUUAAUUAAGAAAUUAGGGUUUCCGCUGAUCGCCAAACCGUUAAUGGCUGAUGGGAGUGAGACCUCUCAUAAAAUGUAUUUAGUUUUUGAUAAGGAAGGAUUAGACAAGUUAGAGUCGCGGAGGAUUAUAAUGCAAGAAUUUGUUAAUCAUGGUGGGAUUAUUUUUAAAGUCUAUGUGGUUGGUGAUUUUGUGAAAUGUGUCAAGAGGAAAUCGUUGCCCGAUAUUAAAGAGGACAAAUUGGUUACUUUGAAGGGUCUGCUGCCGUUUUCGCAAAUAUCCAAUCUGGAGGAGAAGACUGAUUGUGGUGAUGGUGGUGGUGGUGGGGAGUUUGACAGAGUGGAAAUGCCGCCAGUGGAUUUUGUUGAGGAAGUAGCCAAGGCAAUGAAGGAAGAAACUGGGAUCAGUUUGUUGAACUUUGACGUGAUUAGGGAUGCUAGAGAUGCUAAUAGGUAUCUUAUUAUUGAUAUAAAUUAUUUUCCUGGGUAUGAGAAGAUACCCAAUUAUGAGUCUGUGUUGACAGAUUUUUUAUUAAAUUCCAUGGAAAAGAACAAGAGUGGAGAUGUCAGCAUGGUGAGGGAGCAUGAUGAUGAUUGACUUAAUGGGACCGUUAUAAGUAAGCAGAUGUAUGUCCGUUUCUUCUUCUUCUUCUUCGCGAUUUCAUGCUUACUUUGUUUUAUCUCCUGCCAAAUGUAGCUACUUUUUAUCAAAUACUUGGUGUUUCAGUAUAAUAAAAAGCCUUGCAAUUAUAUAUGCAAGAAACAAUGCAAAUAUGCCA